AUGACUGGAGUCGUUCCCACACAGGACUCAUUUGGAACCUUAAAAGAUGGCAUACCUGUCACGAGGUUUAGUUUCACCAAUCGAAAUAAUGUGACCAUUCGUGUAAUUAAUUUUGGAGCCACAAUAACUGAUAUUCUUCUUCCGGACAAAAACGGAAAAAUCGAAGACAUUAGUCUAGGUUUCGAUACAGCACAGGAUUACGAAUCCCAGCAUUCCUACAUCGGUGCAGCUCUUGGACGCGUCACAGAGAGGAUAAAAGGCGCAAAAUUCAAAAUUGACGGAACUGAAUACAAAGUGUCUGCCAAUGACAAUGAUAAGCACCAGGUUCAUGGCGGGAAAAUUGGUUUUGACAUGAAAAUGUUUGAGGCCUCGGUUGCCGGAGACACGGUUACAAUGAAGUACGUCAGUCCUGAUGGAGAGGAAGGUUUCCCGGGGGAGGUAACCGCGGUGUUCACCUUCCGGUUUACUCAGGACAAUGAGUUAAUUCUAGGAUACACUGCCACUACGACCAAACCUACGCCUGUCAACUUGUCUAACCAUGUGUAUUUUAACCUUGCAGGACAUGAGAGACAACUCAAAAAUGAUCUUUGA